GUCACAGAAGAAGCUGGAAGUUGAUAAGCGAGAACGAUUUAAAAGAAAAAAAAUCUCUUGCUAAGUAAGAGAUUCUGAUUCAACAUUUGGCGAUAGAAGAGUAGUUUUAGAAUAAAAUUGUGUAGAAUGAGGAAGAUCUGGUCAUACUCUACAUUUUGAUUGCACGGGUGGCUGCUUUGUCUGGGUAAUGGCGGUAGUAGGAACAAGGAAUAGACGGCAUAUGAUGGCUUUCUCGGGGCCAGCGGCAACAUCUGUCGUUUCGCACCAAGCGAUCCUGACCGCAGCACAGCCUUAUUAUUCUCCUGUUGCUCCUCAGGACAUCCAGCCAGAUAGACCUAUUGGUUACGGAGCCUUUGGUGUUGUAUGGUCUGUGACUGACCCUCGUGAUGGAAAGCGUGUAGCCCUCAAGAAGAUGCCGAAUGUUUUCCAAAAUCUAGUGUCCAGCAAACGAGUUCAUAGAGAAAUCAAGAUGCUUUGUUUCUUCAAACAUGAGAAUGUUAUGUCGGCGCUCGACAUCCUACAGCCGCCUCAUAUCGACUUCUUCCAAGAAAUUUAUGUAAUUACGGAACUGAUGCAGAGUGACCUCCACAGAAUUAUUGUGUCUCCACAACCUCUUACUUCAGACCAUGUCAAAGUUUUUCUCUACCAAAUACUCAGAGGCCUCAAAUAUCUUCACUCUGCUCAUAUCUUACACCGAGACAUAAAACCUGGGAACCUUCUGGUCAACAGUAACUGUGUUCUUAAGAUCUGUGACUUUGGCUUGGCUCGAGUGGAGGAACCUGAUGAAAGCAGACAUAUGACUCAAGAAGUGGUAACACAAUAUUACCGUUCUCCUGAACUCCUUAUGGGGGCCAAACAUUACUUCUCAGCAGUUGAUAUGUGGUCUGUCGGAUGUAUUUUUGCUGAGUUGUUAGGUCGAAAGAUACUGUUUCAGGCCCAAACACCUAUUCAACAGUUGGAGCUUAUAACAGAUCUGCUAGGAACUCCACUCUUAGAAGAUAUGGAUCAUGCCUGUAAAGGAGCUCGUGCCCACAUGAUGCGCAGACCUUACAAACCUCCAUGUCUUUCCACUCUUUACAACUUGUCAUCUCUGGCUACCCAUGAAGCAGUUCAUCUUCUAUGCCAGAUGCUAGUGGUGAAUCCGGAUAAAAGAAUAUCCUGUAAUGAUGCUUUGUCCCAUCCUUAUCUUGAUGAGGGUCGCCUUCGCUAUCAUUCAUGCAUGUGUCGUUGCUGCCACACUACCUCUGCAGGGCGACACUUUGUAUCUGAUUUUGAACCAACAGCACUUCAUUCUUUUGAUGACCACUUUGAAAAAGACCUGAAUUCAGUUCAUCAAGUAAAAGAAAGACUACACAAGUUUAUUUUAGACAGGACUGCCAGCUAUAAUCGUGUACCACUUUGUAUAAAUCCUCACUCAGCAGCAUUUAAAAGUUUUUCUAGCUCCACGGUUGCUCACCCUUCUGAACUCCCACCAUCUCCACAUCAAUGGGAAUGAAAUUAGGAUUCUUCAAUCAAUAACUAUUUGAACAAACUUUGAAGAAGACCCUUCCUUCCAUGAUGCAUGGGUAAACAUAUGACUGUAGUCUAAGUUAUUGUUUAUAUUUAAAUGUAAAGUUUUUGAGCUUCCACCUCUUGGUGCCUUUGUUGUUUAGAUAUCACAACCAAAGACUGUCAGUUUGCAGCUCUAGCCACUUGUCUAGUACUGUGUUAUUGAAAUUCAGGACAGACUGUGAACUUGCAGCUUUAACUGCUUUUCCAGUAUUGUUUUAUUAAUUCAAGAAAGACUGUCAGCUUGGAACUUUAGCCAUCUGUCUAGUACCAUGCUACUGAAAUUCAGGACAGACUGUCAACUUGCAGCUUUAACCACCUUUGCAGUGUUGUGUUAUUAAUUCAAGAAAGAGUGUCAGCUUGCAACUUUAGCCAUCUGUCUAGUACUAGUACUGUGUUAUUCUUUAUUGGUGAUAAGAAGAGAUCCUUUCUCAGUUCUAGCCUCCUCUUGUACUGUCCAACAAAGGAUUGGGGAACCAACAGUGACAGAGAAGCAAUUUAACCAAGAUGAAAAUUUAGGAAAAGAGUUGUUUUAAAAUGAAACAAUGAGAGUAUCAACAUAACCAGCAAGUGUUCAGAAAUUUUAGUUUAGGCUGUAAGAAAGAGAAACAGCGGUUCCAUUGACUUAGAAAUCAAAUAGGAAUCUUUAUACAUGUUUUUAGGUGUAAAAUGGUUAUUAUCCUGUUUAACUGUGAAAAAAAAAGUAUAUAUAGGGAGCAUGAAAUGUAAAGGAAAAAGGUUUAAUGGGAUUUGCUUUAUUGGUGUUAAAAUAUGACUGUAAGCUGACUAAUGUAGGCUGAAAGUCAAAAAACAGAAGGGGGGAUUGAAGUUGAACAUUUAUCUCAAUUAUAAAGUCCAAGUUAGUAAAGAGUUGAACACUUUUUUUAAACUUUUGAUUAUAUUGUUUGUCACAGUUUUAUACCAUUUUUUCAAGAUAAUUUAAAACCUAUAAUAAUAUUUUAGUUGCUUAGCAGGUUUUAGAACAUUUUACCGAGGGAUAUUUCGCUAAAUAUUAGCAUUGAAGUUUUUUUAAGUGGAAAAUAUAUAAAUGGUUUUUGAAGUUUUAUCAAUUUCAUUCAUAUUUCAAAUGAGAUUAGAUAUUGUAGUUGUUAGGAGUAUAUGAAAAAAAAAACGAAUUUUUCUUCUUUGCUUAUUCAAUUGAAUCACUGGUUUGUAAGUAACUAAGGUUAGAUUAAUUCCACAUAUAUUUGCAUAUUACUUGCUUAUGUGUUUUGGUAGUAGCAUGUUCAUACAGAAUUGAUAGCACAUUGAAACAUUUCUCACUGUCUCAUCACAAUCAUCCUGUACAGGUAUGAACUCAUCAUCACCAUUAGUACAUUUGUAAAUAAUCUUUUUUUCUAGAGUAAAUUUGAUAAGGCAAUUGGUUGACUGGAUUUUUAUCCAGUUUGAUGUGUGACAAAUAUGAAAUGCUGUUGAAGCCUGUUAUAUACGUAUGUGUCAGGGCUUUCAAGUAAUCCACAGGUUUAAGAAACAUUGUAUUCACACAGUAUUUGCUAAAUAUAAAAUCCUUUCAAAAUUGUACAGAAAAUUCCAAUGAUAAUUUCUGCCUUCAUAAUCAUAUUGGUAUUGGAUAACAAUACUAAAAUUUAAAUUGUUGUCAGUACCAUAUGCUAUUGUACAGUGAACACAAGUUAUUGUUAUACUGAAUAACAAUUGCAUAUUAUCAUAUCUGUUAAGUACAGUAAAAGUGUUAAAAUACACAUAAUCUCCAAAGAGCUAAUCUGGUCAUAUACUCCACACAUUAACAACUACGCAAAAAAAUCUGUACUUACUGGGGGACUUAAGUCAGUUAGACCUUUUCUUGUGAAUUAAUUUAGAAUACUGAUUUUUUUCCAGUUGGAAAACACUAACUAACUAGACCACUUCCUGAGAUUGAAAACUUUGUAAAAUACUCUUUUGUAAAAUACUAUAUCCUAGCUGUGGAAUGCAACUAGGUCUUAGAAUGAAGCCCGAUAAACAGGAAACUUAUUAUCCAGUAUCUGGUUCAUUUAGAUUAUUCAUUUUUGUCUGUGAAGAAUUUAUUACUUAUAUGUAGUGACAAGUUUGUGCUUUUUGUGCAUUCCACAAUACAUGUUUUUUGAUAUCAAAGAACAAGAUGUUAAUAUACCUCAUUUUAUAUACAUGUGUUUUCAUAAAAAAAAAAUUGCAGUGUCUUUAGAAGUGAUUUGGCUUAUCAAGUUAAGUGUUAGCAAGAAUGUGGAAAUACUAUUCUAUGGGACCAGAAGGUUUUACUCAUUAUAUUUUCAUCAGUGGAUAUGUAAUGUGUAUUUAGGGUCUUUGACUUAAUUGUGUGUACAGGUUCAGUAUUGUCAAAAUAAUGUGAACACUGCUUACAAGCUAAUUUAGAGAAGAUGCAGGAAUUUGGAUCUGUUUGUUCUUGCUAUAGCCAGCAGAGAACAGAACCUGAGGUAAUGUAGAACUUGUUUAGAAAUUUGUAAGAGUGAUGUAUCAUAAUAUAGUACAUAGUGAUUAGUCAUAAUAUAGUUACAUUGUGAUUAGUCAUAAUGUAAGGGCAGUGUAUUAUAAUGUAGUUUCACUGUGCAAAGCUACAAUCUUUUUAAGAAUAUUGUUUCAAAGUAGUUUUAAUGUGUGAGCUAUAUGCUUUGAGGAGAGUAGUAAUAUUUUGGUUAGGAAAAUAAAUUGACUUAAUGAUUUAUCAGACUUAAAAUAUAUAACUAAACUUUUUUUUAAACACCUCUUUUAAGUUUGCCAUCAAAUAUUAACCUAUUUUUUUUAAAGAAGAUAUGACAAUCCAAAAUUUAAGAUUCAUAUUUGUACAACAUUGUUAUAUUAGGUAUGUGUAAUUGUGCUCUUUAAAAAUUUUUUUGUCAUAGUACAACUGUAGAAGUUUAAUGAGUAGUAUUGUAUCCCCACCUUAGAAAGUAAAAACUAGUGUAUUGUGAUACCUCAGUCAGCUAGUUACACAGAAGUGGGUGUAAUUGAUUUUGUACAAUCACUGCCAUAUUUGCAGGUUAACUAUUCAUGAUCUCAUGUACUAAACUUCACUUUAGGGUUUCUUGGUAUUUAAUGAAUGUGGUCCUGCCAGUACCAAAAUGUUUUACCUCUUGUCCCACACUCACUAGUCAUGAUUUUGUUUUUAAGCAAAUUAAGACAUUUCAUCUGUCCUCUAAAUGCUCUUUGGUCUUGCCUACUUCUUCCAAAAGCUGUUAAGCCUUUUCACUACUCUACUAAUUCCUGUUCUUAUUAUCAUACCAUUUACAGUUUCUGAUAAAUCUCUAUCAGUCCUCAAUAACUGUUUUAUGUUCCCCAUCAGUCCAUCAAAUUCUGUUCUUAUUCUUACCCAAUUAACAGUUUCUACUGAACAUUAUCUCUUUCUUUCGUUCUCAAACCACUUACUGGUUCUACUGAGUCUACCCCAACCCUUAUUAAUUUUUAAAUCCUUCGUCCAGAAUAUCUUGAUCCUUUUCUCAAACUAUCUGAUUUUCCCGAAUCUACACAAACCCUUAAUAAUUCUUAGGCCUCUGAUUCACAGUCCUGUUUUGCUACACUUUUAAUUAAUAGAUGUUAUAUUCUUCAAACUCCACAAAGUCUUGCCCUUAUUCUCAAGUGAUUUAGAAGUUCUGUUGAACCAGAACUAACUCUUAAUAGCUAUUAAGUCCUCACUACUAUACAAAGUUCCAUUCUUAUUUUUAAGCUACUUACAAAUCCUGCUGAACCUAUAGCAACCUUAAGUACCUGUGGAGUUUCUCUCCACAGAUUUCUGCUGAUCCUACAGUAACACUUUAACAUAGAUUUGUAAAACUUUAGUGUGGCUCUAGCAAAAAUAACUACAGUGUUACAGUCAUCUGUAAAACCUUUUGUAAGGUCUAUAAAUUCCACAGUAUUUUAUUGUUUAUUAACAUUAUGUAUGUGUGUGUGUGUGUGUUAAUUAUCAUAUCUAUCAGUAUAUUUUGCUUGUCAUAUUGAUGCAAUGCUGUUGAGCCUCAGGUUUGUAUUUAAAAUUAAUUAACCAUACAACGAAUAAACAUAAUUAGGUACAACUUACUAUAAUUGAUUUAAUCCAAACUAAGUGUAAGAUAUUUUACACAAUCACCCAAUAAUACCUUUAAGAAUUUAUAUCAUUUUAUAAAAACAUAUGAAAUUAUAUUAAUGUAUAAUCAGAUUUAAACAGUCAACAUAAUGAAAUAGUGAAAGAUUAGAAAGCAUAAAACAAAACUUAAAAACAAGGAUCUGCAUGUUUUAGCAACAGUAAUACAUGAUGGAAAAAAAAAACAGUUGCUGCCAAAAUGUUUAAUAUUAUGGAUGAGUGCGUGUGUGUGUGUUUUCUCAUUUUACAUAGAUUGAGAAACAUGUUUAUGAGUAUGAUGAGUGGAUAGAGUGACUGUAAAAAAA